GCUUCCUGCUGGCCCUGCAGAGCAGCACGGCCUUUGUUCCGGCCCCUGCUCGCAGCACCGCCGCCGAGGCAGUGGCCCUCGGCCUGGCAGCGCCCACCUUCAUGGGCGCGACGGCCGCCGUCGCCGGGGAGCCGCCCAGCGUGGGGGACCACUG